UUGUCAAAAAAAUGUCAUCCUCAUCUCCAGCUGCUCAUUCUCCUAGUAGUUGUUCUUUAACCGCGGGGGAAACUACGAAGUCGUUUCGUGUCGACUGGUAUGGCGGUUUGCUUUAUUGCGCAUCUCCGGAACACAGUGAUCGAGUGCCUCGACAAGCAGCACCAGGGGAAAUCGUUCGAGGGCAGCUCACUGAAGAUGUUAAGACUACUUCUGGAAUAAAUGGGUCCCAUUUUGACAAGCAUCUUCGUCCCCUUUUCUUGCUAAGAGGAAAGCACGCAAAAGAUGCUUCUCAAGGUGAGUAUAAUUUUCAAAGGGGAAAGCACGUAAAAGAUGCUUUUCAAGGUGAAUAUUCGUAUGAGGUCUAAAGAUGGCCGCUUCCUCCGUGUCCACGUACAUGCUCGUGAGAAUACUGACGCGGACUGCUCAUCUUUGUACCUUCCAGUAAGAGACGCAUCGGGAAAAAUGCAAGUACUUGUCGAAGUUGGACCAAGCUAAGAUUACGUCUUUUUUAAAAAAAUGCAAGUACUUCUUCUGGGUAUUAGCUCAUCUUCUUUAUAAAAAUCCAACUAAUAGUACACCAUGUCAACAUAAGAAAGUAUGUUUAUGAUUCUAGGAUUCUAAGGCCAGCAAGCUUCUUGUGGCUGUGGCUGCUCUUGGACCAAGGUCGUAGGACCAUUAUAUAUAAGUGCAUUUCGAAACUCAUACAUUAUCUUGUGGUAGUUUUGUCUUUUAUUUUCUUGGUGUAGCUAGGCUGCUUAUCCGUGUUGAUGUCAAAUCCGAAGGCAGAGAAGAGCAGUAAAAUGCAUCACGACCUUCUAAUUCGAAGAACAAGGAUUGGCUGCGGAUAAAACUUCGGAGACGAGUAGAUAUCCAUCCUUGCUCCUGGCCUCGGUGAGGAAGUAUAUCCCUGACAAUGUCUGCAACAUCUUUUCGAAGACAGAGGACACAUUUACGCCAGUAGAGGAAGGAGUUUUAUGACAGAACAAGAUGAAGUCAUAACUUAUCUAAUUUACAUUGAACAAAUAGUUAGAGUAGAAGUAGAGGUGGAGAACAUUACGCUACUAGUAGAUCGAUUUGUUCAAAGAUGUUGAUGUUGGAAGACGCUCUUCUGAUUAUACUUGAUGACUUUCUAGAAAUUAGACUUGAGCCUUCUACUUCAACCCCUACUUGAAUCAGCCUAACCUACUUGAAAAAUCAGCCUUGUUCUAAUUAGAUUUGCUCGAACAACUACUACAUCUAACAUUACUAGAAGUUACAACACCCGCUUCUAAGACUUGCUAGAACUACACCGAUGCGCACCAUGAUAAGAGCGAACAACUCCUCGCCUACGUCCACUGUCAUGGUACAGGAGAAUUAUGCUGCGUCCUUUACAGGAAGACCGCCGGCUUCUAUACCAGCUAAAGCGCCAGGAAUUACGGGAAAUACCGGAGAUGAAGCAUCAGGGAUUAGGAUUACGGCAAAUGCCAGAGAUGAAGCAUCAGGGAUUACGGCAAAUGCCAGAGAUGAAGCAUCAGGGGUUACGGCAAAUGCCAGAGACGAAGUCUCUCCAGAGAUCAUGGCUACUACUGGAGAGGCACCUACAGUGACUAGGAUUGCGGCUAAUAGCAGAGAUGAAGUAUCUCCAGAGACUGGGGCAAAUGUGACGAAUUCGACGGUGAGCCAAGGUAUGGAUGGCCAGGACGCGGGACAUGAACUUUUUUAUCCCAGGAGCCAAGGUAGUGGGCAUCAAAUCCAACAGCAAGAGCAGCAGGCUCGUUCGUUAUGGUGUUGUAUCCAGGCAUGUUCUCAGGGCUUUUUGACUCCUAGUCGCAGGGUUUUCGUUUGCUUAUAAUAGAGAGCUCUAAUCUGGCUGCAUAUUAAGCCGCAAAGACAGCAAUCGCCUCUAAUCUCCAGUUUAAACGACAAAGACAAUGAAGCAGCGACGUUCCCCGAAACAACGUCAACACAAGAGCAGACGUCGACUACAAGUACAUUGAUGUGGAGUCCCAGAGUUUUGAGUUUUCCUGGAUGUCUCGGUCAAUUACGGGUAGGCCCAAUGGUACUUUUGUUACCGUUUGUUAUGACUCUCCUGAGGGAGACGAGACAGGCAUAACAAACUGUAUGUGUAUAAACGAACAUCAAAAGCCUACCUCUAAGUGAUGCCGGCUUGCGGACAAUAUGCGCAACAGGGGGCUUGCUAGUGGGCGCUACACGUACGCACUUGGGGCGCCAAGGGUUCAGCCUUACCUCAGUGAGGAUGCAGCAGGAGCUACUUCAACACGCAAGACUCUGGGGUCCCCGAGUGGGGGGUGGAGUAUUAAGGCCAUUCACAGUCACUAUCCGAUAUAUGAGCGCACGCAGUGAGUUCCCAAUUCAGAAUCUGCAGGCUUCAGCUAAAUCAGUCACAUUAGCGAGGGUCUAGUAGAUUCUGGUAUGGACUGUGCUGGCUGAGAGUGAGUGAGUUCCUCUUUGAACAAGUAAAGCGGGAUCAGGAACUAAGAUAUGAAGAUAAAGGGCACUCAGCCACGCAUAGUGAUUGCCUAGGCCUGGCUCUAACAGUCGGCUUAGCCUGUUUCUCGAUAUGCCCUAUGGAGCAGAUUCAUGGGUGUAGGUCACCACUCCAUGACUUCGUAGCGGGAAGCGUGACUUUCUCAUUAUGAUGGCGUUCAUUUGAAGUACUUGAUAGAUUUGAGGUGAAUAUGGAUUCCUGUCUUUGUUAGGUACUAUGUCUAUAAUGGCGUGAGUGCAGGUUUUAGAUAAGCGAUCAGGGGUCUAAGAACUAGUGCCUUUUUAUUCAAUUUAACCAUAAAGCAAAAAGGAGUCUACGAACGAGUACUUACUUUAUUCAAUAAACAUAUUUAUUACUUUCGUAAAAUCCUCUAAAGGAUCUGGUAGGUUCAUGAAGUCUCUAACCUCAGCGCUCUUCCACUUAAGAAUAUUCGUCAUGCCAGCUGCUUUGGAGCAUGGGUAUUUUCUAACUUCCUUAAGAUUUGACUCAACAAGAAAUGCUAGGAGUGGAAUAGCAGUCUGAUCUUUCUUCAACCUUUGUUUCUUGUGCCUGAACUUCUCCUGCACGUGUAUCGUAUCCUUGUCAGACAAAUCCUCGUGUUCAAUCUUUCUUUCAUCUCAUGGAUGUACUUACUAAUUUCAGUACUACUACUAGCAUCGUCGACAUCACUCAGCCAACCACAUGAUUUGUUUCUUCAACAGAUUUUGUUAGAACACAGACACACUGGCACACUCAGACUGCAAGAAGUUUCACAAUGCACACACACAAUUCCCACAUCAAGGGACACCUUUCGGUAUCCACUUUCUUUGAUGAAAAAGCUCAUCUGUUUGCUUUUCCAUCAAAGAAACACACAAACACACACACACAAAUCCAGCCUCUUGCUUGGGUCUGUGCCGGGUUUGAGUUCCAUCGUCGCGGGAAGUUUAGGCGGUGCACUAUUUGCUGUAACCAAGGGUCUGGACAUGGCGAUCUAUAACAAUUUCGGGAUUUCCUUAUGAGAAACGUAAAAAUGGGUGAGUGAGGAGUCCAUUUCGCGCAAUGUAGUCCAUUUCUUUUCGCAUGUUUAUAUAUAGCUUUGAGUCGGUGAUGGAUGUUUUUUCAUAUCCGUUCACGUUAAACAUCCUCUUCUAAGAAGCGGCGAUAUCGAGGACGAUACGAAAAGAAUAAGGCAGUGGACUGGGCGCGCAGUUUGAGGGUCGUAUUCGCAGCCAAAGUCGUCGUAGGAGUUGCAAACGAGACCCAUCAUCUCGUAUUGAUCUGACAAACACGAACAACAUAGAAAGAUAGAUUGAUAUCCUAGACAGAACAAGAAAAAUGAUGAUUAUAUACGAUUUCUGAAAAGUUCUUAAUGUAGGAAAGGGAGGCGAUAAAUAUUUAGGCGAUAAAUAUUUAGGAAAGGGAGACUUUUUAGGCGAUAAAUAUUUAUUUUUUCGAGUUUUCAAAGUCAAUCCCAAACUCCAAACCUCCAAAGAUACAGAGACAGGGAUGUGAAAACGUAGUGUUCUUGAACGCUGAACGCCUUCGUGCAAUGUAUUUUUUCUCGCAAGACCUGGCUACCCUUGUGAGUGAAUUUACUGCACCUCAUGGUCUUGAC